AUGUCCCUGCGGAGAAUUCCCGAGAAAAGCACGGAGGCGGCUCCACUUUCAAUCCCUUUUAUUGACUCGUCACGGACAGAAGCGCGCAGAGAAAGCGCCCGCGGCUCUCCGCGGCACCGGGGCGAGCGGCGAGCGGGCUGGCGGCCACCGUGGCCACCGUGGCGACCUCGGCCGCCGGCUCCGGGCGCGUCUGCGGCACACACACUUGGCUACAAGGCUACUCUACCCAAAACACACCGAGGGGAGGGGACGGGGACCGGGAAUCGGGGAUUGGGGACCGGGAAUCGGGGAUUGGGGACCGGGGAUUGGGGAUCGCGGAUCGGGGAUUGGGGAGCCCUUGGGGGGCUCGGAGCUGUCCCGGCUCAUCCGGUGCUGAACGGGGAGAGAGGGAUCCACCGGGAACGGGAGCGGCGGGGAUCAGGAGAACCGGGACCCACCGGGAGCGGGAGCGGCGGGGACCAGGAGAACCGGGACCCACCGGGAGCGGGAGCGGCGGGGACCAGGAGAACCGGGACCCACCGGGAGCGGGAGCGGCGGGGACCAGGGAUCAGCUCCCGGGAGUGGUGGGGACCGGGGAUCAGCUCCCGGGAGUGGCAGGGACCGAGGAUCAGCUCCCGGCAGGGACCGGGGAUCAGCUCCCAGGAGCGGCGGGGACCGGGGAUCAGCUCCCGGGAGUGGUGGGGACCGGGGAUCAGCUCCCGGGAGUGGUGGGGACCGGGGAUCAGCUCCCAGGAGUGGCAAGGACCGAGGAUCAGCUCCCGGCAGGGACCGGGGAUCAGCUCCCGGGAGUGGCGGGGACCGAGGAUCAGCUCCCGGCAGGGACCGGGGAUCAGCUCCCGGGAGUGGCGGGGACCGAGGAUCAGCUCCCGGCAGGGACCGGGGAUCAGCUCCCGGGAGUGGCGGGGACCGGGGAUCAGCUCCCAGGAGUGGCAGGGACCAGGGAUCAGCUCCCGGCAGGGACCGGGGAUCAGCUCCCAGGAGCGGCGGGGACCGGGGAGCACCAAUAUCCAUCGGGGGCUGGAGAGAACCGCCCGGGAGCCGCGGGGACCGGGAAUGUCGGCACCCACCGGGGCGCAGGGAGCAUCGCCCGCGAGUGGCGGGGACCGAGGAGCCCCGGGAUCCAUCGUGGAGCGGGGAAACCGCCCGGGAGCAGCGGGGACCGGGAAUGUCGGCACCCGCCGGGGAAAAUCGGGAUGCGCCGGAGCGCGGCGCGCACCCACCGGGGAGCGGCGGGGACCGCUCCGGGCUCGACAGGAGAGAACCGGGGAGCAGAGGGGACUCACCGGGCACCGAGGAGCGGCGGGGACUGAACCGAUUCCAGCAAAGAGAAUUUGGGGCUAUGGGGUUUUUUGCUUUUAGCCGUUUUCUCGGGGUUUUUUCGUUUUUUUUCCUCGGAGGGGAAAGGGAGCGCGGGGCUGGCGGGCGGCGGAGGGAGGCGGGGGAGAGGGAAUCGUUGUUGCCCGAAAUGGAAACGAAAUCGUGGGAGGCUCAUCCCGGCGGCACCGGGCGAGAAGGAGAAGGGGGAGGAGGAGGGGGAGGGGGAGGAGAGGCGGGGAUGGCUCCGCUCGUUGCCGGAGGU